AUGCCUGAAGUGUUCGUCAAGUCCUUCACCCACCUGAAAGACCGCCCAAAGGCAGAUGAAGCCCUCAAGAUCCUCCAGAGGGUCGCAUCCCUCGUGAAGCCCAUCAUGCGCAAGCGCGGUGGAUCCUUCCCGUUCUUGCAGAGUUCUUCCCGAGCGACCCCAGUCUUCUCGGUGAGGAUGAACGUGAAUGCGGGACAGAAGGUCCUUUGCGUCUCCGGCCUCCGCACGCGCCAGAUACGUUUUACGAGGAGGAGCAUCAUCGGCACAAUGUUGCACGAGCUACACAUAACGUGCACGGGCCGCACGACGAGAGUUCUACAAGUACCUCGCCAGUCUCGAGGACGAGUUCGAGUCCCUCCAGCGCUCCGGCUACGCAGGCGAAGGCUUCCACUCGAGGGCAAGCGCCUCGGCACCUCGGUCUCUCACAACCUCCCGCCCCACAUAGCGCGCCAGAAGGCCGCUGCCGCCGCGGAGAAGCGCAGGCAGGUCAGUGCCGUCCUCGGCGGGGGCGGCCGUCUGGGCUUGGGGGCUGGUGCCGUAGGAAGCAGGACGCCCAAAUCCCCGCGCGAGCUCGCUGCCGAGGCGGCUGAGCGGCGCGCAAGAGACGAGAAGGCGUGCGCGUCUGGCGAGGUGGCGCUCGUCGAGGCGGCGAAGGCGGCCAAAGAGAGCGUGCAGGACGACGUUAUCGACCUUACCGCCGACUCGGACUCGGAAGGGGAGGUAAUAAUCAUUGACGAGGACGAACACGUCGUGAUGUCUCCACUCCCCCUCACAUCUCCGGCCUCCGACGGCGCGCCCCCCGCCGCCUCAAAAGGCGGGUCGCACAGGUCGUCGUCCUCAAGCUCGCUCAGUGCGCUCUCAUCGGGGUCUGCAUCCUCGUCUUCUUCCCAAUCGCUCUCAGACUUCACCACCGCACUCCGCCCUGGGAACAUGCUGUCCCCCACCUCUGCCAGCUCCUUUAGCCCCUCCUCGUCGGGCACCUCCACCCCCGCGACGCGCCCCGCGCGCCCGACGGUCCGCCGCGUCCCGCACGGCGCCGGCUCCUCCACCCCGACCCUCCCCAAGCCGCGCUCCGUCUCCCGCCCGCCCACCAUGCUAGCCAAACGGCCCACGACGCCCCCGCCCACGCGCGCGGGCUCCGUGCGCGGCGGCGUCGGGGUGCCCUCUCCGCUCUCGAUCGUGCCCCAGGAGGAGAGCGCGUGGGCGUGCGCGCGCUGCACGCUCGUCAACGACGCGCUCGCGCUGCAGUGCACCGCGUGCCUCGGCGCGCGGCCGAGCCUCGCGGGCGCGGUGGAGGAGGCGGCGGCGGGGCGGGCGAGCAAGCGGCAUCGCGCGCCGGAGGCGGUGAGGAAGGAGGGGGUGGACGCGUCGUGA